AAACAACAUAACCCUCGUAGAUGCCCUGCCUCUCUUGCAUAACUGUCUCUAAAGACAUGAGUUCCGUCGGAGUAUCUACUGCUCUCUUUUCUCCGGCUAAGUUCCACCGUCGCCGGGAAAAAUCACAAACUUUUACUCCGACCCAUUUCCCCAAUCCAAAUGGGUUCCCAUCUCAAUGGAGAAAGUCUCCACCUUUCCCUCCCAAACUCUCCCAAUCCCUCAAUUUCACUUCCCACUCUUCACAUCUCAUACGCUCUUCUCCCAACAGUUUCCUUAAAACUCUAGCAAAAAAAGCUGCGAUCUUUCUCGUUGGGUCUUUUGUCUUUAUAGGAUUCUGCUCUUCGAAGCCUGCUUUGGCAGUACCCACUGUUACCUCUCAAUCUGAGUUAGAGGACGAGGCACUGUUCGAGAAGGUUCUGGAGAGUGAGCCGGAGAACAUGGAGGCGAUGAAGGCUGUUUUGUAUAGGAAGAUGAGGAGAGGGAAGCCUGAAGAGGCUGUGAAGUAUGUUGAGAAGAUGAUUAAGUUAGAGCCUCGUGAAGUUGAGUGGAAGCUUCUUGAAGCGCUUUGUUAUGAGACUAUGGGACAGUUUAGUAAAGCUAAGAGAUUGUUUAAGGAUAUUCUUAAAGAUAAUCCUCUUCUCAUCAGAGCUUUGCACGGUCUUGCUAUGGUAAUGCACAAGAGUCAUGACUCAUCUGUAUUUGAUAUGCUGAAUGAAGCUAUGGAAGUUGCUCAACAAGGAAACCGAGUGACAGAGGAGAGAAACAUACAAGUUUUGAUCGGUCAAAUGCAUAUUGUUAAGGGCGAACUUGAAGAAGGUCUAAAGAUAUUUCAACAGAUGGUGAAUGAUAACCCUCGAGAUUUUCGACCUUAUCUUUGCCAGGGAAUAGUGUAUAGCUUAAUGGAUAAAAAGGAGGAAGCAGAUCAACAGUUUGAGAUCUAUUGGAGUCUUGUACCUGAAGAAUUCCCACAAAAGGGGUUUCUUGAUGAUGUUGCAUUGGCUGCUCAAGCCAAAUCCAGAGAACGACUCCAAAACACAUUCAAAUCUAAGUUUACUCAUGGAAAAUAGAUCCUGGUGAGUAAGUUUUAUCUUGCUCAAUGCUUAUAAAGAGAGUAUGCAGGUACGGAAUGUUAUAACGUGUGUCGUUUGAAAAGACAAAACCGCUCACAGAGCAGGCAGAGAGUCCAUCGCUGCGUUUGAUACCAACUAGAAGUCAGCUUUUGUUUUUGAUUGUAACUUUUGGGAGCAAGUUUUGAAACCAACAAAGCUCUGAGCUUAAAAUUUGUUGUGGUUCCUUUAAAUUUUAAUUAGUUAAUAAGUAUUAAUGGGCUUUAAUUCCAGUGACCCAUUUCCUCUUUUGUUUGCCUAGUGGCUUCUUUAAGGGCCCAUUUGGAUUCGGGCAUAUUAUCCCUCUUUCUCUCUAUUUGAAAAAAUAUUUUAGGACCCCACAGAAAAAGGUGAAUAACUUGUAAUGGCAAACAAGAAGUAAU